AUGUCACGGGGGUCAGCACCAUUGCGCAACAGCGACGAGCGCACCAAGCCGUGGCUAUCGUUGAACACCACAAAGAACAAGCCCGUCGCGACCGACGCGAGUGUCCCCUCUUGCGUUUGCAAAUUGAACAAGCCCGAACGCAGCGCGAUGCCACAACUCGAGGAAACCAGCCACGAGCGAGUGAGCAGUCUCGUCAACCGCUACCAGGUUUACACGCGCGCUGCUGACGUAAUCGAGAGCCGACCUCACCCGUUGCGCAUGGACGCCGAAGAGAGCCUGACCGCCUUUAAUGAACGCAUGGAAGAGCACGUUGCUCGACUCCAAGCUCAAUUGGUCGCUCUUGACCGGCGCAUCGCCGAUGGGCGAGCUGAGGUUGCAGAUUUGCACACACACCAACAAACUCGCCAGUUUGAGCUGCGCAAUCAAAUCUUCGAGCUCCGCCGCCAGUUGGCUGCCGAGACUGAACGACUGGCUCUGCACCGAACGGCAACCCUUGAAAAGUAUGAGCAAGAACGUGCAGACAUGUUGCACGAGCACGACGCGGCCAAGAUCAACGUCAAUAGCACCGCAACCAAUGCGGUUUUGGAGGCCCUGCCGCCGUACCUUCGCAAACGUCACAUUGAGAAUAUGUCAAUGCAGGCGGAGUGGCUCAAGCGUCACACGUUUUGUCUCCGCAGCAAUGGUCAAAGAUUACUAGCCGAGCGGCGCCGGGAGACACGUCAGCAAUUCCUGAACGAGUCAAAACGACAGCCUAUGUCGAGCUCUGGCCAUGAGCGUGGUCGCACCCAGCACCGCUCAGCGGCGCUUGCCACAGCUCUGCAACAAGUUCAAGACAACGCCAAUGUGCAACGUGGACAAGAUUUGGUGGCUUUGGUCGAUGCCACGCUGGCUCAGCUAGACUUGAGUGACGGAGGCGAAGCUGGACCCAGUGCACGAGACAAUCAGAUGGCGAACCGAUCUGACCAGCCAGGCUCAGGCACACGCUUGCCGCCGUUAUGGGAACCCAUGACAUACCGUGCAACGCGCGGGGUCCAAGAUGUUUUUCAUGAGCAAAUGACGUUGGAGGCGAGCCAGUAG